AUUCAUGAUACGGAGGAUUAUUUAGGAGGAGUGAGGAUCACCGCUUCUCUUGGCCCUUUGAGACUAGGCCGCAUAAGUGCCUUUGACCUAACCCCCAAUACAGUAAUAAUUGGCACACGAGACCCUGGGAAAAAACGCCUUGUAAGCACUAACCAUGCAUAGCAAGAAUCGGAAUCCUGGCUCGCUUCCACGGGAUGAGAGCCUUCUCACACUCCCUUCUUAAACCAAGCCGUGCCUGGUCACCCCAUAAUCACUAUUUAUGAUUCUGUCGUCUGUUGCACAAUUGUGUGAAUAAAUUAUACCAAACACCAACAAAUAUGGCGGCAAAUGAUACACGACCAUGUUACUUCCCUGACCGCACUGAGGCUUCAGAUAGCACGCCCUGCUCAUCAGAUCAACACACCCAUUGUUGCGGCACGGGCGACGUCUGUUUAACAAAUGGCUAUUGCUUGAGCAUCGCCCACCAGCCCUGGGUCAUAUCACGGGGGGCUUGCACAAACCAAAACUGGGAUUCUGGGUGUCCCGAACGAUGCGUCGGCGAAAACGACAACAGAGGCGGCGGCUGCUCAAUCGUCAACCUCGAAUUCGAAAACGAUGACGGCAAAUCAACGUAUUGCUGCGGCAAUCCAAUCAGUGGCAGCAGCACCACCGCGGAGUGCCCAACCGAGAGUCAAUUCACCCUAGAAGACGCACAUGCAGUACCCGGCUACGCCCUCCUGAGCAAUCUAUCCAACUUCUACGUAUCUGGCUCAGCGCCAUCAUCCUCCGCAAGUCCCUCUAUUCUUCCGGCUCCAACAAUGUCAUCAUCGGAUAGCGGCGAUAGUGACACAUGCCACGACACAGCGAUCGGAGCAGGCGUUGGUGUUCCGCUGGGAGUGAUUGCCCUGGCAUCCCUAGCAUGGGCAUUCUUCGAGCGGAAGCGCGUGCGGGCUAUGCAUAAGCAGAUGUCGGCCAUGCCGGCAAUUAGUACCGGAAUGCAACAACCUCCUGCAUAUGGGAUUAAUCAGAAAAACCAAGGGCCAGUAGAGUUGGAACAAACGACUCCUGUGGCAGAGUUAAUGGAGAGGGAGCGGUAGAUUUCGGUGGGUGUCAUGGGUUUAUGUUUACUGACGGAUGGCUGGUUUUGUAGAUAAUAUCUGGGUGUUUUAUACUCCGUACAUACAUACAUAAUAACUGCAAGGUUUCAGGUUCUAUAU